CAGACUAAGUAUGAUGAUACCAUGCAAUAUGAAUUUAAAGUGAAUGGAGAGCCAGUGGUCCUUCACCUAGAAAAAAAUAAGGAACUUUUUUCAAAAGAUUACAGCGAGACUUAUUAUUCCCCAGAUGGCAGAGAAAUUACAACAAGCCCUCCAGUUGAGGAUCACUGUUAUUAUAACGGCCACAUCCAGAAUGAUACUGACUCAACUGCAAGCAUUAAUGCAUGCCAUGGUUUGAAAGGGUAUUUCAAGAAUUAUGGUGAGAGGUAUCUUAUUGAACCUUUGAAGCUUUCCAACAGUGAAGCCCACGCACUCUUCAAAUAUGAAAGCCUGGAAAAAGAGGACAAGAUGUUCAAAACCUGUGGAGUAACCAACACUACUUGGAAAUCAGAUGACCCCUUCAAAAAGACCUCCCGGAUGAGCAUGAGUAUUGAAAAAAAGGAAUACUUGCAGGCCAAAAAAUAUGUUGAGUUUUACGUAGUUGCAGACAACAGAAUGUUCAGGAAGUACAGCCGCAGCAUCACUACUAUAAGGAAGAGAGUAUUUGAUAUAGCCAACUUUAUAAAUGUGGUUUACAAACCUUUGAAGGUUCAUGUAGCAUUGAUUGGCUUGGAAAUAUGGUCCGAUGAAGAUAAGAUUGAGAUCAGUGAAACAGCAGGUGCCACUUUGAACCACUUUUCGUCAUGGAGACAGUCAGUUCUGCUGAAGCGCAAAAGGAAUGAUAAUGCUCAGUUACUCACGGACAUUGACUUAACUGGAAGUACUGUAGGAUUGGCUUACGUUGGUACCAUGUGCAAUUCUUUGACAUCUACAGCAAUUAUUCAGGAUCACAGUACGGACCCAAUAGCUAUGGGGGCAACAAUGGCCCAUGAGUUGGGUCAUAAUUUUGGCAUGAAUCAUGACACAGAUUUGUGUACCUGCAAGACUGGCCCGUGCAUUAUGGCUGACAAGCAAGGCUAUAUAACUCCCCAGGAGUUCAGUUCUUGCAGUUUACAGUUUUAUCAGAAUUAUAUCAUGAAUGAAACCCCACAAUGCAUCAUCAACAGACCCUCAACCAAAGAUGUGAUUUCACCUCCAGUGUGUGGGAAUGAAUUUGUGGAGGAGGGAGAAGAAUGUGACUGUGGCCUUCCAAAGGAAUGUAAAAAUGAGUGCUGCGAAGCUGCCACUUGUAAACUGAAACCUGGGGCAAAGUGCGCACAUGGGGAGUGUUGUGACAAAUGCCAGCUUAUGAGAGCAGGAUCAGUAUGCCGGGUAGUAAAGCAUGACUGUGACUUGCCUGAACUAUGCACUGGCCAAUCUGCUGAGUGUCCCAAGGAUCGCUUCCACAUUAAUGGACACCCAUGCCAAAACAACGAAGGUUACUGCUACAUGGGGAAGUGUCCUACCUUGGCAGACCAAUGUAUUGCUCUCUGGGGGCCAGGUGGGAAAGUGGCUGCAGAUUCAUGUUUUAAGAAAAACCAGCAAGGGAAUUAUUACGGCCACUGCAAAAAUGCAAAUGGUAUAAGCAUUUCAUGUAAACCAAAUGCGGUAAAAUGUGGCAGGCUAUAUUGCACAGGUGGUUCAAAGAUGCCCUCAGAUGGAAACCUGCUGGAAUUUCUAUCAUGUAGAGCCAGUUUUCCAUCCAAAGAUGCAGAAGAUGUUGGAUUGGUUCAUCCUGGAACAAAAUGCGGAGAAGGAAUGGUCUGCAACAACGGGCAGUGUGUUGAGAUAGAAGCUGCCUACAGAUCGACCAACUGUUCACACAAAUGCAUCGGAUACUCUGUAUGUGACCAUGAACUGCAGUGCCAAUGUAAAGAAGGAUCAACACCGCCUCACUGUGACACCUCAGGAAAUAAAUAUAUAAUCAUCAUUGUUGUAACUGUGGUACUAGUCUCAGUAGCCACAGCCAUCCUCCUUGCAGUUCUCUUCCGCUGCUACAUUUUAAAGAAGAAACAAGGGGACAGCAUUCACAAAAGUGCACCUGUAGCCAAAAAUCCUUUCUCUGGUACAGAUCAAAAGAGGAAACAGCAUCUUGGUCCAGUGUUCAAUGAUCCAGAGAUAAAUUCUUCUAGAUUUCUCCUGCCAAUUUCACUCCAAGGAAAUACACCAGAAGUUCAUGUUAAAAUCCCAGAUGAACCUUUACGACACGCAUAUGAAAAUGCCAGAAUGCCCAUUGUGAAACCAAGAAUCCCUCCGCCUCCUGUUCCAACAGCAAAGUCCACCAUAUAUCCAGCUCUGAGAAUAAAUUCAGCUCCUUCUUCUCAACUUGAGCGUAAACCAGCUCCUCCCCCACCUCCACCCCAGGCACUGAAACCCACUAAAUAAUCUCAGGGUAUGAAACAAAACAAGAAUCAGAAAUAAUACCAAGUCUCUGAUUUCAAAGAAAACCUUUUCCAUUUUCUCAGUUUCCAUAUCUGCAUAGGACAACUGAAUGGUGACUUC